UUUGCCUCAAAACACUCUCAUCCCCUUUUACGCCUUUCUUUUCAACACCAACCCUUUUUCAUUCUCCUCUUUUCCAGGAUCUUCAAAGGUGAUUACUGGUUUCAUCAUAAUGGAAGUUAUUGGGGGCUAAAACUUCUGAAUUUUAUGGCCUUAAAAGUUAUUUGGGCAAUGUGUGGGCAACGGAACGGAUACAGAGGUGUGGGAAAAGCUUUGCAGAGUUCAACAGGAAAGAGGGCUUUUGGCAUGGAAUAUGAAUCAGAUUGGACUAAGAAUAGAGUUUCAUCGGCAUUUACAGCUCAAGUCAUCCGUUCUGCUACAUCACUUAUGCCUUGGAGUUGUAAAAUCCCUAUAGGUGAUGGAUUUCAUGAGUUUCUUUAAUUAGUUGACUAGCAUUUAUAAAUAUUGACGCAUUCUUUUGGGAAAAUAUAUUUGUACCGCAUACGAGAACCAUCUAGAAAAAAAUGCCUGGUUUUGUGAGAGAAAAGAAGAGAAUCACAGAACCCAAUAUGUGUCUCAGCUCCCCGCUUAUGCCAGAUCAUUCAAAAGGCAAUCACCGUUCACCCUCUCAGGCUACUGAUGAAAUAGAAAGCCCGUUGCUUCCAGGGCUACCGGAUGAUGUGGCCAAGUAUUGCCUUGCUCUAGUUCCUCGUUCUAGCUUCCCUUCCAUGGGUGGUGUAUGUAAGAGGUGGAGAUCAUUCAUUCAAAGCAAAGAAUUCUUAAUGGAACGAAAGAUAGCUGGAAUGCUUGAAGAGUGGCUUUAUGUUCUAACUAUGGAUUCUGAAGGAAAGGAAAGCCACUGGGAGGUUUUGGAUUGUUUGGGCCAGAAACAUAGGCUUCUUCCACCAAUGCCUGGUCCAGAAAAAGUUGGAUUUGGGACAACUGUCCUCAAUGGAAAGCUUCUUGUACUUGCUGGCUAUUCAGUCAUCAACGGAACUGCUUCUGCCUCUGCAGACGUUUAUCAAUAUGAUUCUUGCCUCAACUGCUGGAGCAAACUAGCAAACUUAAAUGUUGCUCGCUAUGAUUUUGCUUGUGCGGAGGUAAAUGGUGUGGUUUACGUCGUUGGAGGCUAUGGGGUUGAAGGCGAGAGCCUCUCCACUGCAGAGGUGUAUGACCCUGACACAGAUAAGUGGACACUCAUUGAAAGUCUACGUCGACCUCGCUGGGGUUGUUUUGCCUGUGGAUUGAACGGAAAGCUUUAUGUCUUAGGUGGUAGGUCAAGCUUCACUAUUGGAAACUCGAGGUUUGUUGAUGUGUACAACCCUGAGAAGCAGACUUGGUGUGAGAUGAAAAAUGGGUGUGUGAUGGUCACUGCCCAUGCUGUGCUGGAGAAGCAGCUUUUCUGCAUGGAGUGGAAGAACCAGCGGAAGCUGGCAAUAUUCAACCCAGACGACAAUAGCUGGAAGAUGGUUUCGGUGCCAUUGACAGGGAGCACAAGUAUAGGGUUCCGUUUUGGGAUAUUGGAUGGAAAACUGCUACUAUUCUCAGUGGAAGGGGACCCUGGUUACCACACACUUUUGUAUGAUCCAAAUGCAGCCCCGGGUUCAGAAUGGCAAACUUCUGAAAUAAAGCCUUCUGGUCUGUGCCUAUGCAGUGUGACUAUUAAAGCUUGAAAGAAGCAUGCCCUGAUAAUUUAAGGAUCUUCAGUGACCAAUGACCUAUGUAUUCUCAUUUAAGUUAAAUUUGAUUGUGUUAAGCUGAUUUGGACUGGGAACAUGUCAGAACCCAAAACCUAUGUUGUUGAGGUUGAACUUGUUAAUUGGAUUUCUGUUUUAUCAUUUCUUUUUUCAAAA